GUGACGCAGACGGGGGACGGCGCUGCAGCCAGCGAGCACAAUGCGGCAGUUUACUUAGCGAGAAACGGUUUUUAUUUACACGGUUGUGUCGAAAACAGGGCACGGUUGUCGAAUAGUGCGUUUCAACUAAGCCUUUUGCGCAAUGAGGGGAGAUUUCGCGCUAUUUAGCUCCUUGUAUCGCGGCGGAAGUGCUGUCCAUGUAGCUUAGCCGCGUUUAAAACACGAAUUAGCGUCGGCGUUAGAUUAUUUUAAACACGACAGUAUGAGGUCGCUUUUUAGACUUAGCGAAAGAGUUUAAUCCCACAGCGUGAGCGCUGCCUCCAGACAAGGUUUCCCCGUCAAGAGUUUAGUUAAGCGCAAAAAUGAAGACCAUGGAGAGAAAUGUGAUGCGCCUGGUGGCUGUGCAGCAUCUCCGAUCUGCGUUUGGCAUCAAGACAAAGAACUGGAACAAAAACAAAGCAGCUGGUGCUAAGUCCACUACCACCAGUACUUCGGUGAAGGUUUUUGGCGUGCCGCUGGAGAGCUUGCCUUACUACAACAUGGAAUGUGGGAGCGUGCCAAGAUUUUUAGUUGAUGCCUGCAUGAAGCUGCUGGCUCAUGUAGACACAGAGGGCCUGUUCAGAAAGUCUGGCUCAGUUCUCCGCCUGAAAGCUCUCCGGGCGAAGCUGGAUUCAGGCGAGGAGUGCUUGUCGUCUGCACUACCGUGUGACGUGGCCGGUCUGGUGAAGCAGUUCUUCAGAGAGCUGCCGGAACCGGUACUGCCCACAGAGCUGCACGAGGCCUUUCUGAAGGCCCAGCAGCUGAGCACAGAGGAGGACCGGACCUCUGCCACCAUGCUGCUGUCAUGCGUGCUGCCUGAACGGAACUUAAGCGUGCUGCGCCACUUCUUUGACUUCCUGCAGAACGUUUCUGAAAGGAGUGCAGAGAACAAGAUGGAUAGCAGUAACCUGUCGGUCAUUUUGGCCCCUAACCUGCUUCACUCCGGGGAGGCCACGGAGAAGAUGAACACCAACACAGAGAAACGCCUGAAACUUCAGGCUGCCGUGGUCCACUGCUUCAUUGACCACGCUCAAAACUUUGGUGUUUUACCACAGUUUCUGGCGGAUAAAGUUCCAGCUAUGAUGGGAUGUGAGGGUGGAGUUCUGUCACCUGUAGGCCAUGAGCUGGAGGAGCUGGAUGUUAACGCAGAAUUCCGGAGGAGAACCAGGCGCAGCUUUGGAGUGUUUUCAUCUGCGACUCCUAUCGCCGGAACCCCCUCCAAAAGAAAACUCCCGCUGGAGUCUGGCCAGUCCUUUGGGUUUUCCAACAAGAAACGCAAGUCCGUCAAAAAGACUCUGGGCAUCGACCUGCUUCCAAGUUCGCUGUUCAGCGGGACGUCCACUCCCGGAUCAGCGUACAGCGCGUCUGGAGUUCUGGAGUCAUCACAGACAAACCCGUCUCCGGCAGGAAGAGCAAGACGGCAGACGGCCACCUCUGUGAAGAGGAAGAGUCGCCUUAGUAGCAGACAUGCAGUCAACAGAGUUGAGUCAGGAAGGACUGGCUGCUUCUCCCCCAAAGCUGGCAAGAAAGACGCUCCUCGCAAGUCUCUGCGUUUGAGGUUCAGCCUCGGCAAGAGCCACAAAGACCCCGGGUCUGAGUCCAUAGGUUGGAGACUGGCCACUCAGGAGAGCACCACCAGCUUCUGCUUCACCAAAGAGACGCCCGAGUUCAGUCCAUCUGUUCGGCCCAGACCAACGGAAAACAAGAAUUCCCAUUACAUGAGCAAGUCCGAGGAUAAUCUGCUGACCCCGAAAUGUGAACCGAGAGCCCACCGGGCAGUUUGGACGAGAGAGACUCCCCUCGGGGCUCCGGCUUCCGCCUGCGACUCAUUCAACGACACCCCAAUGAGCAUGUGCUUGAAGAACACCUACGCGUCUGAGCCUGCCAUCGCCAAGUCCUCGACAAGCUCCGGGCUGGCUAAGACAUUGUGCUGCACUGUGAGUGCAGAUAGUCUUGGCAGUCAAACACAGAAGCAGGAAGUUGAGGUGACCAGCGCUGAAGCUGACCAGACCGACUUGAAGGAGGCGAAAGCUUCAGACAGCUUCCUAUUCCGCCCGCCGCAGACCCCUCCAGCUAAAGUCAGCUCUGAGCCUGCGCUGGCCCCUGCUAUCCCCACUCCUCAGAGCCUGCUGGGCGACGACCAGAACAUCACAUUCGGACAUUUCGACAUUGCUGCUCUUUCGCCGCUGCAUAUUGACAGUGUGGUGUUUGAGUCUGGGAGCUGCAGUCCAUCCCUCCGUAAGGUGUCUUUUUGUCACGACAGCAGUGUGAAGGAGGAGGCGGAGGCGAACUGCAGCCGCCUGAUCGACGCCCUUGACAUCCAAAGUCCUGCCCAUUUCAAGCCACAGGUCUCUUGUGGGCUGCAGUCCACACCUUACAAGUCAUCUUUAGAACUUAAAGAAGAGUUGUGUGUGCUGGUUGAAGAACCUCUAAAAGAGACCGAUGGCCAGGCCCAAAACCAGCAGCCAGACUCCACCGUGGGUCUUGAACAGCAAAAAGCUCGCGUAGCGGACCACAUUCAUCACUUCAACACACUCACCCUGUAUUCACCGAGAGGCUCCAAAACCAAACAAACCAGAUCCCCUAUCAAGUUUGAACGCACCCCGGUACGCCAGACCGUCCGUCGGAUCAACUCCCUCAUGGGCGACAGCAGGCGCCCCGCCCGUAACCUGGAUGCCGUGAAGGCUGUCAGCAUGGAGAGCGGACUCUCGCCGCACUGCCCCAAAAAGAAGCCGCCCCCAGUCCCACCCAAAAAGCCCGCAACGCUGGCGCGGUUACCCAAGUCUGUUGCUCUGGGUGACAUGACCAACAAGAUCCAGUCUCAGACCAAAGUGGACAUCUCCGAGGCUCCGCGGCCGCUGGUGCAGCAGGUGAUGGAGAAGGACUCCAACUACUACAGAGGGUCGCCCAGGAACCCUCUGAAUCAAAGUCGCCUGCUCUCUGCGACCAAACCUGUAGAUUUGUAGUCCGACAGAGUUAAUUUAUUUCUGCUGCAAUUGCUUCGUCUGCUGUUCUGUUUUGGGAGAUUGUUUGCCUUAUAGCUGCCCACAUUCGUGCCUGUACGACCACAAAAGGCCUGACUAUUGCUGUGAUUCAUGGUAUGCAAGACUGGAAAUAUUUUACUUGUAUUUAUAUAUAGUGUGGCUCAAUAGUUUCUGUAACACUUUUUCUAUUUCACUUAAUCCCCAGUCAAAAAGAGUGAUGGGGAGGGAGUCAGAUUUUAGGGAUUGUGGGGAGAAAAAAAACAAAAACAACCAAAGCAGUAUUGAUUGAGGGGGGUCUUCCAGUAUUUUUCUAAAAAUGAUUUGUUUUGUUGACUGCUUUUGACAAAUAA